CUUUUAGACCCAGCAACGGUACGGUAGAUUCGAUAUGCGACUGCUGGCUGCCUUCUUCCUUGUCGCAUCCAGCAUUUCGCUCGCAAGAGCCCAGCAAGAUUCGUCAACCAGGAAAACUGUACUAGUCACGUCUGAAAUAAGGACAGAGAAGCAGAGUGCUGCCGCAAAUAUGGCUGACACCAUGUCAUAUGAUUUCGUUACAGUCUACAUGCUCACGAAGCUCACCAAAGAAGAGGAGGAAAUAUUUACAUCUGCAAUCUCAGCUCCGGAAGAAGGCGUCGCCGAAGAAGAUGACUACCUCAGGCCAAAACUCGUCCACUGGACCUCGGAUGUAGAUGGCACCGUCGAAAAGGAUCUCUUGCCUCUGAACAAGAAGCUCGCAUCGGAAAGCACGUUGAAAUCCCAAUCCUUCUUCUUCUAUGCCGACCGGAAGAGUGUUGAGGACGGCGGAACUAUCGUUGCGGGACACGAUUGGGGUACCCUUUGUAUAUCGAAGAGAGCGAACCAAAAGUUCAGCAAGUUUUGCCAAGAGAGAGAUAUCAGCCUCCCCAGAGGAGGCUGGAAAGAGAUGGACGCUUUUAUUGUGGCCUUGACGGAGCAGAUCAUCACCUGGGGCGUGACGUGGGGCCGUCAACCGGGGCCGUACUGGAAAUCGGCGUACCAGAACCUGGAUCUUAACAAUAUGCAGAUGUCUGAGCUUAUCGACAUGCAUGGCGAGGAAAUCCACAUUCUGGAAGAUGCCGAUUGGGAUGCACAGACGUUGGAGAAGAGGCUCUGGGAAGAACUCGACAAGAUCAAGGACGAGCUGUAGAACAUGAAAGAUUCAAAUCGUGUAAUAAUUGAGACGC